GUGUGCAUGAGCGUGGACGCAGGGAGGGAGAGAAGACGCUGAGGAGAAAGUUUGAUGAGGAAGGACAUCUUUGGAAGAAUCAUCAUUUACUCAUAGUGUUUUGCUCCGUCAAGACCAGCUGGAGCUGAAUCAUGGACGGUGAUGUGGGAGCCAUGAACGGUGACCUCGACGGUCCUCUGAGCCCGACGCAGCUGACCGGGCUGGGGAUGAACUGCCUUCUCUCCCCCAAGUACAGACACUCUGGGCCGGGCCUCGCCAGCCCUCAGGAGUACAGCCAGUGGCUGCCUUACCGGCACGACGCCAGCCUGCUGCCCAUGAAGGAAGACCUGGCCCUGUGGCUCAACACCAUGUUAGGUGAGGACCUCACGGCCGACUCUCUGGUGGAGCGGCUGGAUAACGGCGUCCUCCUGUGUCGCUUGGCUCAGCUGCUGCAGGAGAAGAUGAUUCACAGCAACAAUGGCAAGUCGCAGCCCUUUGUGAGGAGAGUGAUCCACUGGCGCGCUGACGCAACUUCUGGAUCGUUUUUCGCCCGGGACAACGCCGCAAACUUUCUCUACUGGUGUCGAAAGAUUGGCAUUGAUGAGGCGUACCUUUUCGAGUCGGAGGAUUUGGUCCUCCACAAGCAGCCUCGGGAGGUGUGCCUGUGUUUGAUGGAGCUGGGCCGGAUUGCAGCCAGGUACGGAGUGGAGCCACCAGGGCUGGUGAAGCUGGAGAGGGAGAUAGAGAGGGAAGAGUUGGGGUGCCUGACUCCAUCGUCCCCUCUCUGCUUUUUCCCUCCUACACCCUCGCAUCCACAAUCACAGUCCUCCCUGCCGCCCUCCCCCUCUCCCCCGUCUCCUCCGCCAGCUCCCCUCACUCCCGUCGCAUCCCGUCUGUCUGAGCCCCUCGCCGCCUCCCUCGCCUCUGAUCUUCCAUCAGCCACAACAAACCCGUCGCCCACAUGUCCUCCCCCUCCCCAGUCCUCCCUCUCAGCCUCUAACCCCUGCACGGCCGCGGCUUCCACACAAACACCUUUGUUCUCUCCAUCCCGCGCCAACGCAUCUGCUUCGCCUCCGCCGUCGACCCUGGCGCCCCCCGCCCCGGUAAACAACCACACUCCCGCAGCUGCACCUCCCAUCGCCUCCCCACCUGCAGCCCCGACUCCUCGCUCGUCCAACAAGUCCACAAAACGCAGGAGCACGGGCACCAGCAACCUUCUGGAUGACAUUGUGAAAAACAUCAUUGAGAACCCCCCCUGCAGCUGCCCCACCAGGUUCCUUGUUGAGAAACAACCUAAAGGCUGCUACCGUGUGGGAGAUAAGGUCCUGUAUAUACGGAUGCUGAAUGAGCGUCACGUGAUGGUGCGCGUGGGCGGCGGGUGGGAGACCUUCAUGGGCUACCUGCAGAAGCACGACCCCUGCAGAGGAGGAGGAGGCGGAGGAGGAGGAGGAGGAGGAGGAGGAGGUGGGAGGACGGCGGGCAGGUCCGAGGCCAGGGUCUGUCGGGACAGAGCGAAGGCGCCCAGCUUGAACAUCUCGCCUGACAGCUACAUGGUGGUCGGAGCCCAUUACAGAGGCAAGAAGUAGAACCUCAGACUGCGUCAGCGUGACCACUCACUUACUGGAACAAACUAUCAGGGAGAGAAUCAUAGAUCUGGUCAUUUUAGCCGAAGUUUAUAAGGAAAUCCUGCUUUUAUUUGCAUAACUCGUUGUCCGACCCACAAUAACAGGUGUCUUCAAUGUUUUUCACACUGAUGGAGAGAUUAAGUAGGGACCCCCGACCUACUGUAUGUGUUCUGUACAUUAUUAUUUUCAUUUUGCAUCGGGUGCUGGUAACGUCUUCUGCCUCCAUUCAUCCCUUCACUGUAAUAUGUUGCAUUCAAUGGGAAAAUUAGAAUAGAAAAAAGGCUAAUCAACCAAAAAUUUUGUGCAGUACCUUCGCUGACCCCCUAGGGGUCACUAUAAAGCUACACCAAUCAGGCAUAACAUUAUGACCACCUUCCUAAUAUUGUGUAGGUGGGUCUG